AUGCCAUCUUCUCCAGUUCCGGUGCGAGGUUUUCUUCAAUUGAACUUAUUACACAGUAUACCCCAUGUCACGUGCUGCAUCCAUGGCUUUCGCUGCAGGAAGUGACCACCCGCUGCAUGCACAAGCUUGGCGCAGGGUAUAUCUGCCCUCUCCCGAGGUCGUACUCCGUACAGAGAGCCCCUCAUCAGACACAUACGACACAUAUAUACAGAGCUUGCUUCUCACACCGAGAUCCCCACUCGUGACACCCCAAUUCGCAACUUCUCCCAUUGUAGCGAAAUCCUCUUUUCAGCCAACCAAGGUCUUCAUCGCGGCCAUUUUUCUUUAGCGCAUACGACCAAAUCCUAGAUCCAGAAAGAAGGCAGGCUCGUUAACAUUAUGGUUGGAGCAAGCUGUCUCUGCGGCGCCGUCCGCAUCCAAUUUUCAGACGAAGUAUUGGCCAAAGUACGCUCUCCUCUCCAAUCCACCAACCCCCCUCCCCCCGCCCCAAAAAAAAAAAGAAAAAAAAAAUAAAAAUAAAAACAC